AUGAUUAGGCUUGAAUUUUGCAGGCAUGGAGUUGAACAGCCAAGGAAUCCUUGGACAGACGGUCCCGCAUACAUCACUCAAUGUCCAAUUCAACCCGGUAAUAAAUUUAGCCAAAAGGUCAUUUUUUUAACUGAGGAAGGGACACUAUGGUGGCAUGCUCAUAGUAAUUGGUCACGUGCCACCGUUCAUGGGGCUAUUAUCAUCUACCCGAAACGUGGUACUUCCUAUCCAUUCUUAAAACCUCGUGCAGAAGUUCCAAUCAUACUAGGGGGGUGGUGGAAAGAAGAUGUCAAUAGAGUUAUUGAGGAAUUCCUUGAAAGUGGAGGCCAACCGAGGGAUUCUAACGCUUAUACCAUAAAUGGUCAGCCUGGUUACUUUUACCCCUGCUCGAAGCGUGGUGGGGCUUACGUCAGUGGAGCUGGAGUUGGAGUUGAUUUUGAUAACACUACAACUACAGCAAUUUUACAAUACAAACAAAAUUAUAAUUUCACUCCAUCUUCACCUCCUUCUUUGCCUUACCUCCCUUACUAUAAUGACACUUCUGCAGCAGUAAAUUUCAGUUUUAGCAUCAAAAGCUUGAAUUCAGAAUCCCAUCCAGCCUCAGUUCCAUUAAAUGUUAGUACCAGAUUGGUGUCAACUGUUUCUGUUAACACAUUUCCUUGUGCGAGGAAUUCAACAUGUGAAGGACCAAAUGGUACGAGAUUGGCUGCAAGUAUGAACAACAUUAGCUUUGAAAAUCCUUCCAUUGACAUUCUUGAGGCCUACUUCUAUCGAAUACCGGGUAUAUUCGGACGAGGGUUCCCGAGCUUUCCACCAUUGGAGUUCAAUUAUACUGCAGAUUACUUGCCUUUGGAACUAGAGAUUCCCAAAAAAGGACACAAGUGA